AUGUUUUUGUUUUCUCGAGGUUGGUAAUUUUAAUUGAUAGUAGGAUUCAAAUAUAUUUAAAGGUCAAUUAGUUUCUUUGAUUUGGGAUCUCUCAUCUUUUAAACAUUCCAUUUGAUUCCAGUUUUAACUUUUGAUUGUUAAAUAAUCAGAAUGUCGGGUAAAGAUAGAAUCAACAUUUUCCCAUCUCGAAUGGCCCUGACUUUAUUGAAGGGUCGUUUGAAAGCUGCACAAACUGGUCACAAUUUAUUGAAAAAGAAGGCUGAUGCAUUACAAUUGAGAUUCAGACAGAUAUUAAAAAGAAUCAUUGAGACUAAGCAAAAGAUGGGUGAUAUCAUGAAGGAUGCCCAAUUCAGCCUGGCUGAAGCUAAAUUUGCUGUUGGUAAUGAUAUUAAUGCUGUUGUCCUGCAAAACGUCACCAAAGCUCAGACAAAGGUUAGGACAAAAAAAGAUAACGUCGCUGGUGUUAACUUACCGUCUUUCGAAUGUUACCAAGAUGGAAGUGAUAGCUACGAGCUUGCUGGUCUUUCUAGAGGUGGUCAACAAUUAGCCAAGUUAAAAAAGAAUUACGCUCGAGCUAUUGAGCUUCUAGUCGAAUUGGCGUCUUUACAAACCAGUUUCAUAACAUUAGACGAAGUUAUUAAGAUUACAAAUCGUCGUGUAAAUGCUUUAGAACACGUUGUUAUUCCUAAAAUUGAGCGAACUUUGGCCUAUGUAACCUCAGAAUUGGAUGAAAUGGAAAGAGAAGAAUUUUAUCGACUUAAGAAAAUCCAAGAGAAAAAGAAGCAAAUCAAAGAUGCCCGAGAAAAAGAAUUGGCACUAUUAAAGGCUCAAGGAUUGAUAAUAGAGUCUGCAAACAUAUUGGAAGAUGAACAUGAUGAUGACAUCCUUUUCUAAGUUCGGUCUUAUUUGGACAGUGCUUCUUUUGUUGUGUAUGCUAUAUUAAGUGUUUUAUCAAACAAUUUUUUGAUCCAUAUUAAUCUGGAAAAAUCAAGAAUCAUUUGGAAUCGAGUUCGAAUCAUUGUUUUUCAUUUUUUGUUUCAAACAUUGGAACACAAAAAUAAUUCAAGACAAUAGACCAAGAAAGUUUUACAUUGUAAAGCUAAAGUAAAUAUCAAAGAAAAUGGUGAAGAGUGUGAGAGAGAGAGAGUCUAAACAAAGUACCCUUGUUGAAGAAAUAUAAGAUUGGUGUUUUUUUUCUUCCUCAAACUGAAGUAUUAUCUUCAUUAUUUGAUAAUUUAAACAAUUUUUUGUCAAUAUGCUAUGUUUCAUUAUAAUAAACUAGCCAUCAACCUCAUUAUACAGAAUGAAAAGUAACCCAUUAUCCAUCCUCUCGAAUGUAUCUCUAUUUAGAUUGUUUAUCGUGUUCAAGAUCAAGACAAAGACAAACCCGAAUCUUUACCAAAUCAUCAUUCCCUUCUCUCUGCCUUUACACCACAAAGAUCUCAAGAAAGUUUCAGAAAUAAACGAAUCGGUCGUAUUCAUCGAA